GAUGUGCCUUGGGGAAGCUCUAGAUGGUUACCUGAACAAUGUUCUGUGUUUAUCUCUCUGCCAAGCCCAACUACCGACGAAUGUCUUGUUACUCCGACAUGCUUAAAAUGUUUUGUCACGAAGAAUCCUCCAAGACCACUCUUAGUCUUAUCCAACAAGGCGGGUGCCAUUUUGCUCGUGGAUUUGAGUAGUCGUAAGUGUAUAGCGGAGCUUAGUGCGCCACAAAGCAUCCAUGAGGUGGAAGUCGUGCAGGAUGAUGAAGCCACUGAUAUUUUGCUUACCAGCUUCACAGGAGCUCAGUGGGUAAUACCCCUCGAAAAUGGCGGUCGGAGCCUGACCGAAGUUUUAACAGCAUGUAUCCCGUCUGAAUUCAAAAAGAUUGAGCCCUCUACUUCGCAUUUGGGUGUCUGCUCUGAGGGCAUUACGGUAUUGGAUAGCGGUGGAAAUUCUGUAGAACUUCACACAAAUCUAUCUAUAGUUGGAGGAGUUCCCAAAAAGCGUUAUAAAGUGAGCAAUUCUCCUAUAUAUUUCGUCUUUUUUGCUUUCACGUCGAGGUUCUAUCCUUUAACGCAGUGCAAAGCGCUCAGUUAA